CAAUUCAAGCACUGCUAUAUGCUGAUCAUAACAGAUAAUCCAGCUUUCGGAUUUCCUUGUAUCCGCUUCUUUGUAAACCAUAGUUCAUAUAGUAUUGCUCAUUUUCCACUCAGUGUCAUUGCUUAACAAUGAAGGAUCAGAAAAAAUUGUUACUUGAUAUCUUUUUCAAAUGUUUUGGAACAUUAUAUGACCUAUUUUCUAUUUGUCUUGUGAAUAUAGGAGAGGAGAAAAGGAUAUCCAAUAUUGUUAUAAUUAUAUCAGUUGUGUUGGGCACGCUUCUGCUCGGUAUAGCAAUUUGGCUGCUAUGGAGCUUCAAGAACAAACUUAUAGUUUCAUCUGCAAUUUCAUCGAUUUCGUGCUGCAAGAAGGACGAAACACCAGUAUUUGAUGUGACCAGAAGCAGAGAAUUUUCAACAGAUCUUUCAGGAUCAACUGAUCUUGUUAUAGAAGGUAAUCAAGUAAACGGACAGGAAUUGCCUGUUUUCAAUUUCACUUCUGUAGCAUCAGCUACAAACAAAUUUUCCGAAGAAAACAAGCUCGGGCAAGGUGGAUUUGGUCCCGUAUACAAGGGAAUGCUUCCUGGAGGGCAAGAUAUAGCAGUAAAGAGGCUUUCAGGAAGGUCUGGUCAAGGCCUUGAAGAGUUUAAAAACGAAAUAAUACUGAUAUGAAAACUGCAGCAUAGAAAUCUUGUGAGAUUGUUGGGAUACUGCAUUCAAGGCGAUGAAAGGAUGCUACUUUACGAGUACAUGCCUAAUAGAAGUUUAGAUGGCUAUAUUUUCGAUGAGGCCAAGCAAGCACAGCUAGACUGGGCAAAAAGGUUCAAGAUUAUUGAAGGGAUUGCAAGAGGACUUCUCUAUCUCCACCGUGAUUCAAGAUUGAGAAUCAUUCACCGGGAUCUGAAAGCUAGCAACAUUCUGUUGGACGCAGACAUGAGUCCGAAAAUUUCAGACUUUGGCCUGGCAAGAAUUUUCGGGGGUAACCAAAAUGAAGCCAAUACUGUCAGAGUUGUUGGCACAUAUGGUUACAUGUCUCCAGAAUAUGCCAUGGAAGGACUCUUUUCCGUAAAGUCAGACGUGUAUAGCUUCGGAGUACUAUUACUAGAGAUUGUUAGUGGCAGAAGGAACACAGGCUUUCGUUCAUUUGAUCAUUCUAGCCUUAUUGGUUAUUCCUGGCAUCUCUGGAAUCAAGGCAGAGCAAUGGAGCUUGUUGAUUCUUCGAUCAGCAACUCAAUCUCUCCGAGCGAAGUCAUGAAAUGCAUACAUGUAGGGAUGUUGUGCGUGCAAGAUAAUGCAUUGAACAGACCAGACAUGGCAGCUGUCGUGUUAAUGCUGGAAAGCCAAUCGCCAGCACUUCCCGCGCCGAAGCAGCCUACGUACACUUCAAUGAGGAGCUCCAUUGAUGCAGAAUACAUUCUUGAAGGUCAAGAAAUUAAAGAGUUUUAGCUGGCAAUUUUCCCAGAAAGCUGGCUUGAAGACAUGGAGAAGAUGAGUGAUGUGGUAGCUGGAAGUUAUCAGAAACCCUAGAUUUGGUUUAAACACCCAUUGCUCUCUGUACUUUGGUGAACUUCUAGAUAUAGAAUUUCUUGGUUGGCUUCUUCUGAUCUCUGUAUAUAUAAGUGUAUAAAUAUUUUCCAUUAAAUUGAAUAAAAAAGUGAAAGA